UACACCUCAAUUCAAAAAAAUUGUUGGAAUCGAUUAUAUGAAUCCUUAUUGACUAUGCUCCCAUGCAUUUCAUCUCAAACCACAAAAAAUAGAAAAAAGAAAAAAAAUCUCAUGUGCACAGUGACAUGAAGAAGCGUGCAUUGAAUCUAUAUAAACUCCUCCUAUUCCCUUUUCUCUUCAUAUCUUCUCUUUCUUAUUCUAUCUUUACUUCAAUCAAACCAGGAGACAGAAGGGAAACAUAACACAUUCACACUUAGCUUCUGUUAUCUUUCCAAGAAUUUACUCAAGUAAACAGGUCUCCGUUUACGCCGCCUACCAAUGACACUUAUUUUUAUCAUUCUAUUUUUCAGUCACCUAAUAGGAAUUUCACAAGGGCAGCUCAAAGUUGGUUUCUAUAUCAAGAAAUGCCCUAAUGUUGAAUCCAUUGUUAGUCGUGUUGUCAAUGAAGCUGCUGCCUCCAUCCAAAAUACAGCUCCUGUCUUGCUUAGACUUCAUUUCCAUGACUGCUUUGUUCAGGGGUGUGAUGGAUCAAUUCUUAUAGACAACGGAGAUAGUGCUGAAAGGCAUGCAUUUGGUCAUCAGGGUGUUGGAGGAUUUGACGUAAUAGAGAAAGCAAAAGCAGAGCUUGAAGCUGUUUGUCCUGGAGUUGUUUCUUGUGCAGACAUAGUUGCUCUCGCUGCUAGGGAUGCUAUACUCUUGGCAAAUGGCCCUUUCUAUAACGUGGAAACAGGAAGAAGAGAUGGUGUUGUUUCAAAUGUAUCUUUAGCUCGUAACAUGCCGGAGGUUGAUGAUUCCAUUCAGCAACUCAAAGAUAAGUUCAGGGAGAAAGGCCUCUCUGAAAAAGACCUUGUGGUCCUCAGUGCUGCACAUACAAUUGGUACCACUGCAUGUUUCUUCAUGACCAAUAGACUCUACAAAUUCUCCCCCAACGGAGGUUCCGAUCCAUCGAUAAACCCUAAUUUUCUUCCCGAGUUGAAGGCCACUUGCCCGGAAAACGGAGCCAAUACCGUCAGGUUAUCGAUGGAUAGAGGCAGCGGCGAAACAUUCGACAGUCAAAUUUUGCAAAAUAUUAGGAGUGGCUCUGCUGUGUUACGAUCUGAUGCAACUUUAUAUAACGAUGAGACAACAAGGAGAGUUGUAGAUUCUUACUUUGGGAUACUUAGCCCAUUAUUGGGGCCAUCAUUUGAGGCUGAUUUUGCCAAUGCAAUGGUGAAAAUGGGCAGAAUUGGUGUACUUACUGGCUCUCAAGGAACUAUUAGACGUGUUUGUGCAGCUUUUAAUUAAUUAUUACUAGUUGAUACAGUUGUAAUUAAUUACAAAAGCAGAUAGUACUAUCAGCAGAUAUUGUUUUACCACCAGUGUUUACUAGUAUAGCGCAAAAGUUGUACAAUAAUACAGAAUAUUCCCUCUAUCUCAAUUUAUUUGAUACACUUUCCUUAUUAA